AUGCCCUCCCCAUCGCCCACCCGCGAGCGGGAGGAGGACCGUCCCCGCAACCGAUCCCGCGACCGCGACCGCGACCGUCCCCGCAAGACCGGUGGCGGCGGCUUCCGCUGGAAGGAGAAGCCAUCGCGCGCCGUAUUCGAAGAGGAGCGCGACCGUGAUCGUGGCGGCGCCGGCGACGACAAGCUACAGCGCGGAUACCGAGCCAACCGUAGCCCGCCGCGACGCCGCUAUGACGACGAUGACCGCCGCGACAGGCGUGACGACAGCAGGGGAGAUCGCGAUAGGGGAGACUACCGCCGUCGCAGCAGGAGUCCGCGCGACCGCGAGAGGAGGGAUCGAAGGCGCGAGGAGAAGAGACGCGAGGUGGAAGACGACAGGCUGGGCGUAGCGGACAAGUUUGGUGGAGGGGCUGCCGCUGGUCCGCGUAAGGAGGGAAGGAAGGAGAAGAAGCCUCAGCCAAAGGUCGCGCCGACACAGGAGCCUAUGAUCAUUGUGACCGUUAAUGAUCGGCUGGGUACGAAGGCUCAAAUUCCAUGCCUGGCUUCUGAUCCGAUCAAACUAUUCAAGGCCCAAGUUGCCGCGCGCAUCGGCCGCCAACCACAUGAGAUUAUGCUGAAGAGGCAAGGAGAACGUCCGUUCAAGGACCAGCUGACUCUGGAGGACUACGGCGUCAGCAAUGGAGUGCAACUGGACCUUGAGCUCGAUACUGGCGAUUAA